AUGGCCAAGAAAGGAGGAAAGAAGAACAAGAAGGGCAGCAAGCCCGUCGCCGCCGCCGCUGUAGACACCGUCAAGGACGUGGUUGAACCCGAUCACAAAUCCGAGGACCAGAUCAAGCAAACCGAAGGCCAGACUGAGACCGUCGAGCCGACAGAGGCGCCCGAGACUGCGACACAGCCCGAGACCGUCGCCGAGUCCAGCAAGGCAUCCGAAGUCAUCCCCCCGACCGAGACCCCCGCAACUGAGAUCCCAGCUGUGGUGGAGACCGAGGAGGUGGAUAUCAAGGAGGUCUUGAAGGCCGAGGAGGCUCCCGCGACAGAGGGAACAGUUGAGGAGGCCGUGGGGAAGGCGCAAGCCUCCAAGGCCGGUCAGAUGGGUGAGUUGGAAGGUGGCGCUGCUGCAGGUACUGCUAUCCUCCCAGAGACGACUACCCGGGAGCCCGCUUCGACCGCCGCGGCCGGCAUUCCUGCAACACUGGUCGAGCGCCCCAAGACCUCGGAAUCAACCACCGCCCCUGCUGUCGUUGCGCCCGAGCCUGUGGCCCCUGCUGUUGCGCCUGUUGCCGCCCCCGUCGAGAGCGAUGCUGCCCACCCCAAGCGCCCGUACGAGAAGCCCAUCUUCAACACUGAGGAGAACCUGAAGCCCCACAAGAUGCCCAAGACCGACGAGGAGCCGGUCGCGGCUAGCGUCGCCGAGGACAAGAAGACCAUUGAGGCUUUGGCCGGUGUUGGACCUGCUUCGGCUGCUGCGCUCACAACCCCUGAGCCUGCGCCUGUUCAGGCCGAGGCACCCACGGUUGCCGAUACACCCAAGGUCGUUGAUGCACCUAAGAUUGCCGAGGAGAAGAAGGUCGCCGAGGCACCCAAGGUCGCCGAGGCACCCAAGGUCGCUGAGACACCCAAGAUCGCCGAGGAGAAGAAGGUCGCCGAAGCACCCAAGAGUACCCCUGCCCAGUCCGCCCCCAAGUCUCCCUCAUCUCCCGUAGCGGUCGCCGCCGCGAACGCUGCCCUCCUCUCCUCCAAGGGUGACAAAGCUGCUGCUCCGGCCGCCGCCCCUGUUGUCAAGGAGGCUGAGCCUAAGAAGCCCGAAGCUGCCCUGAGGCGUGGCGAGGAGCCGGUGCGCAAGGCUGACGAGGCCGAGCCCAAGCCCGAGCCCAAGCCCGAGACCAAGGCUGAGUCUGUCAAGGAGGAGACUCAGAAGCCAUCUCAGACCGCAGCAGAGCAGGCCGAAAAGGUCGAGCAGGCCGAGAAGAAGAAGGGCGGAUUCAUGUCCUGGUUGAAGCGCAAGUUCAAGUAA